AUGGACAUUGAUCUUAAGGGAGGAAAAUUCACAUGGUUUAGCAAUCCUAGGAAUGGGUUCGUCACAAGAGAAAGACUAGACAGGGUGCUUGUCAACUGGAAUUGGAGGAGAUUAUAUCAGAAUGUAACCCUUACAGCCCUCCCGGCGAUAGGAUCAGAUCAUUGCCCUUUGGUUUUAAGGCUGGAACCGAGAGAGAAAUUUGAACGCCACUUCAAGUUUGAAGCAUAUUGGGAAGAUCACGAAGAUUGUGAGAAGAUCAUUAAGCAAGGAUGGGAAAAGAAUGAGAAUAAAAGGAAUAAAUGGGAAAAACUACAAGGAAAAUUCAAGAGUUGCAAGAAGGAAUUGGAGCAAUAG